CAUCCUUCUUACCAUGUUCCUCUUUUUUUUUUUUUUUUCAUCUGUGAAGACGCUUGCACAAGAAUAAGAAAGAAACAACACGGGUUCAUGAGGUUUGUUCUAGGGUUUUAUUCGAAUCGCUUCUUGUUCUCGCUUGGUGGGUGCAAGUUUGUAGCGGAGAUACUAUGCGAGAUUCCAGUCUCCAACGAUCGAAGCGCAGGGUGCUGUGUACACGCGUCGAGGAGGAAGGGAGUCCACAAGUUGAUAGGGAUGAUGCCGAUGAUCUGGAUGAUGAGUUUAAUCAUGCAUGCCCAGGGGAAUAGCAAGGCUAGACGCCAGUGGCAGGGAGAAGAUGUGGAUCUCUCUUAUUCUUCUAGGCAUGAGUCUCAGCAGCCAAUACCUCUUCUCAUGAAUUGUCAGCCUGGGACAAGUCACUACCUCAUCAUUCUAGCGAGGCACUUUGGGGGAUGAUGACUUUGUCUCUCCUCUACGAGCGCUAUUACGACACAUGCAGGCUGAACCGCGGUGGUAAGUGCCGAAUUAUGGGUUGACUAAGGAUGAGGUCGCUAUGUUUCCUACCAUGAAGACUCGUUCUGCAGCUAUGAAGUUGGUUGUUCCAAUGAAUCGAUUUAAUGCAUGUUAGAGGACGGCUGUUGGGGAGAUGAGCCUUGGGCCUUGGGUCGUAAGGACCAUUGUUUAGUUGGGUUAUACGUAGUUCUUUAAGUUAUGAAAUUAGCUUACAACUUUGUUUUUGUUGAGUGAUAUUCAAUUUACUGAACUGUACUAGUUUAAAAUUGU